AUGGCCGCCAGACCUCCGGCAACUCAUGUCAUCCUAACGGAUCCGUAUGGUGGGAAGGGGGCUACAAUCAUGGCGGCCACCUGGGCGCAGGCUGCUGUGGCCCUCACGUUCAUGCUGUUGCGCACUUACACCAAUGUUUUUAUCGUGAAGUCAUUCAAAUGGGAUUACUUUUGGGCCAUGUUAAGCUUCGUUUGUGCAAUGAUAGCUCAAGCAAUGAUAACAAUAUCUUGUCUGUCGGGCCUGGGCAACCACACAUGGCUCUUGUGGGGACCUCAGCUGGCCAAAGCCAAUCUCUACGCCUGGAUAGGCCAGAUUAUCUGUAUUCACAGCAUUGGUUUUGGCAAGAUUGCGGUCAUUGCUUUCCUCUUGCGUAUACAAUCUGGUACCAAUAGCAAGAGCAAAACGUAUCUGAGAUACUUCCUCUAUUUCGUGGCUAUCAGCAACAUUAUCCUCAACAUAAAUCAAACUGUCCUGAUUCUGCUGUCUUGCAACCCAACGGCUAAACUUUGGGAUCACUCUCUGCCAGGAAGUUGUGGAGGUGAGGAGAGGCAUACUCACGGAGGAUACUUUCAAGGCAGUUGGGCAGCCGUGAGCGAUGUCGUCCUCGCCUUGUAUCCAGUCAUUGUUUUCUGGAAUCUCAAGAUAUCUCUAAGAAUGAAAAUUGGCCUCUGCCUUCUCAUGGCAGGAGGUCUGGUGGCUGCUGUUGGUGGUGUCAUGAAGACGAUCAACAUCAAAUUCAUCGAAGCCCAGGACGACAAGAACUAUUUCAUUGCCAACCUCGUCAUCUGGGCUUACACCGAAUCGUGGCUGAUUAUCAUUCUGGGAUGUCUACCACCCCUCCGUCCUCUGUUCGUCACAAUGUUCUACCGACUCCAUAGCACCUACAAAGGAUCCUACAAGCGCUCAGGCUACUACAACCAUACGUCUGAUGCUGAUAACGUCCCCAUCCAAAUGUACCCGGCGUCUCAUACAGCCUCGGCACACAAGGCGACUAACAUGUUUGGUGACACGGAGAGUGAAAGAAAGAUUCUCCCGCCAGCAACCUUCAAUGGCGAUGGUAUUUUGCGUACGACACAGGUGCACGUCCAUGCGGAUCGGAAGGAAGGCCAGACCUCGAGCGAUAGCGACGACGACCUACCUCUUGCCACACCGGGAAAGGCUUAUUAA